UUGGGAUUCGAAAAGAGAACAUAGUGUUUCCUCUGCGGGAGCACGCCAUUUGCUACGAAGUAACCAGACAUGCUACUCCUGGGCACUUCAACCAACGCUUAAACGACACAAGAGGCAAGAUCGCUUAUACGGAGUUCCAAAGAAUCGCCAGCGUCAACAUGUCGGAUGCGUAAUAUGUUGUUUUCAUUGGUGCAAUAAAUUCGCGCCAUUUACAUAUUGGUAAACUCAUGUUAAAAUGUGGAAAGACAGUUCUCUGCGAGAAAACUAUGGGAUUAAAUCUGAAACAUUGUCGAGAGCUUCUAGACAUAGCCAGAGAAAAUAAAGUACUCCUUAUGGAAGCAAUUUGGACACGAUGUUUUCCUGUCUAUGAAAUAUUGCGAAAGGAACUAGACUCGGGAGAAGUAGGAGAUAUUGUUCAAGUUUAUGCUACAGCCGGAUGUUCUAAUGCUGAAGUAGAAAGAAUAAAAUCGAAGGAUUUAGGAGGAGAAUCAAUUAGCGACCUUGAUUGUUAUCCAUUGCAAUUUGCUUCAUUUGUGUUUGAUGCAAGAUGCUCCAAAGAUACUGCUGCUCUUGGUUACAUAAAUGAAAAUGGAGUGGACUUAAGUAUGGGAUGUGUAAUUACAUUUGAAACCGGGCAAACAGCUAUUCUCAGCACUCACACAAGAUCAGAUUUUCCUAACGAUGCAGUAAUUAUAGGCACAAAAGGGUCCAGUUCCAUUUUGGUGCCAUACACAAUUAAUAACGCCUGA